CUCAUGCUAAGUGAAAAGCAGCAGCAAAGUGUAAAAGAGAAGGGAAAAAAACAUGAUGGAGAUCGAGGAAGUAUACAACUACGAGGCACUGCCACUUCUCUCAUUGAAUCAUGUCUCGUUGCUGUGUAGAUCGGUUCCGGAAUCCGUGAGGUUUUACGAAGAAGUCUUGGGAUUUGUACUCAUCAAACGCCCCUCUUCUUUCAAGUUCAAUGGAGCUUGGUUGUAUAAUUAUGGCAUUGGGAUACACUUAAUCGAGGAUCCAUCGAUUGAUGAUUUCGACACCGUUGUCGAACCCCGUCCGAUUAAUCCCAAGGAUAACUACAUAUCCUUCCAGUGUACUGAUGUUGGCCUUGUCAAGGGGAGACUCGAAGGCAUGGGCAUGAAGUAUGUCACGGCGGUGGUCGAAGACGAAGGCAACAGGGUCGACCAGGUGUUCUUCCAUGACCCGGAUGGGUACAUGAUUGAGCUCUGCAACUGUGAGAACAUCCCAAUCAUUCCUCUUGCUUCUUGCUCACUCGAACCAAGGCUAAGAAGUUUCACCAAGACCGCACCGGCGAAAUGCGGUUUCAUGGAGAAUGCGAUGAUGGAGAGCUUGAGCAUGGAAAUGCUAAACAUUUCAUUUUGAGGUGCACCAAAAGUUCAAAACAAGAAAACGGUGAACUUCACUUUCUUUUUCCCAGCUACUGCAAGCUGCAACUGUCUUUUUACAGGUUUUAUAAUGGUGUCUGGUGUCUCUCUGGUUUCAUGAAGAAAUUGUAUUGUUUAGUAUAUUUCAAUAAGGUUGUGAGUUUAACCAAGCUGUAAUCACAAUGCAAUAUAUACAUAUACCCUAUUAGCCUAGAUUGAGGCUUCUGAUAUUGAUCAAAAGAACGAAACAGAUUAUCUGCAACAAAGGUGAGUG